CACCCCCGCCGCUGCAGCGUGGCCAAUGGAAGCGGGUGGGCGGGUGGUGUUGUGGUCACGUGGGGUUACCGGUGUAGUGGCGGCGGCACCGCCCCCCGCCCGCCGCGGCGGGCGGUUUAUAGCUCCGUGUGUCGCGCCCGCCCGCGCCGCGGGUCAUGCCGCUGGUGCGCUACCGCAAAGUGCUCAUCCUCGGGUACCGCGCCGUGGGCAAAACCUCCCUGGCCCACCAGUUCGUGGAGGGGAAGUUCGUGGAAUGCUACGAGCCCACGGUGGAGAGCACCUACAACAAGAUGGUGGUGGUGGGCAAGGAUGAGUUCCAGCUCCAACUGGUGGACACAGCCGGGCAGGAUGAGUACACCAUCCUGCCCCACUCCUUCAUCAUCGGCAUCCACGGCUACGUCCUGGUGUACUCGGUGACGUCCCUGCAGAGCUUCCAGGUGGUGAAGACCCUUCACAACAAGCUGUAUGAGAGCUGGGGGAAGACACGAGGUAAGGAGGGCUCUGGGGGUCCUGUCCCUUCUUGCUGUCCCCCCCCCCCCCACCUCCCCAAGGACCCGGUGGCCCACCCUGCUUGUCCCUGCUGUGUCUCCAGCCGGGAGGUGAAGACGGAUGAAGGGAAGAAGCUGGCGGAGUCGUGGGGGGCCAUCUUCCUCGAGUCCUCGGCUAAGGAGAGCCAGGUGACCCAGGGGAUCUUCAUGAAGAUCAUCGAGGAGAUUGACCGGGUGGACAACUCCUACAGCAGAUCGACCGGCUGCCGCCUGAUGUGAGCCCUGCCCGGGGCAGACCCCCAAGAUGGGGCAGACCCCCCAUGGGACCUUCCCCCAGACCACAGCGGUGGCUUUAGGGGGUCCGGGGCCACGUGGUCCCACUGUUUUGUACAGGACCUCUCCCUUUGCACAGGCUGUGGGGCUCACGAGGGGCUGGGAGCGGGGCUGGGGUCCCAUCCCAGCUGGGGAGCACCCCUUGCUUGUAGCCACUGUCCCCGUCGUGUCCCCCCCCCCCACCACGCACAAGGACACGGUGGGGAGCCAGGGCUGAAUACGGGUGUUGUUCCCGGCGCGGGGCUGCGGUCCGGCUGUGCCGCGCUGGCAGCCGCCGCUCGUGGGAGUCAGGGCCGCGGGGCUGGAACAAUUAAACGUUGUUUUGUCUGUGAA